CACUCUAUACCAUGUAAAGAGCAGGGAGCCGCUACUAUAACUACUACUGUUGGUGGAACUGGCGGCGGCAAGCGUUCACGAGCCGGUACAGUACCUGGUGGGACCCUCAAGACCCGAUCAUAUGGCGGAAACAACAUUAAAGAUGCCUCAGGUCAAACUUCUAAUGCUGUAUCUCCACAAGUGCUUCCCGCAGAGCCAGGCGUCAGCAGCCUGGCACCAAUAUAUCUAGAUCAAUUGACAUGUUCUUCAUCAAGUGAUCAAGCUCUCACUUCGGGAACUCACAAAGACGAAGUGCCAUAUAGUAUGGGAAGUAGCAUAAGAAAGGAAGAAGAUAAAAUUGUGUCACCUGCAUCCGGAAGGUUAGAUGUGACUGAACUAAUGUGUUCGGAUCCACCACCUCUUGGUGUACCUCAUUUUAUAUUCACGACUAGUGUGAUAGCAAAUUUAAUGGCUUCCAAACAUGCCUGCCCUAGCUUCGCCGUAAAGCAGAUGAGUCAACAGGAUGUCUCCAAAGCUGUCAAACUUAAGUCAUCAACUGAUUUAGGGCUAAAUAAAGAGAGUGAAAAUCAAAUAAAGGGUUCUGAGGAUUCUCCAGAGACUUUUUCAAUGUUCAGCCAACUUCUUUCUUAUUUUCCUAGUCUGGAAACUGUUCUGGAUUUCGCAGGUCGUGGUCCAAAGGGCCCGCUUAUUCCAGAUCCAGUCACACUUUCACUAGUACGUCUUGUAGAUGCAGCAAAGAAUGAAAAUCGCUUAGCCCCCUCCCAGGAGGCUGGAACAAAAACGAGAAUAAAUGGACUUGAAGAAGCGGCUGGCGAGGCACUGUUGAGUCGACCGAUAUCCGAGACUGAAUCUGAGGCGUUAGAACUACUCAAGCAUUUCAUCUUUGUGGCGCCACCGGACUCCAGGCCCGAUUCUAGCUCUCCAUUUUUUCCACCAUUUUUGCACUCACAGCAGGUAUACAACCUAGCCGGAUCUGAGGAGGAUACCAGAGUAAGUUAUAUAUCUCUAAGCCAUUUUUAA